AUGUAAGACAUACCUUUCAAGGAGAACUCUGAAUCAGAUUCUGUGCCAUAAGCAAAUUCUUUAAGAAAUUUGCGUUUUAGUAUUUCCAAGGGUAAAAAUUAAGAUAUCAGUUCAUUUAAUAAUUUCCAAUAAUAAAAUAAUUUUUAAGAUAAGAACGAUAAGCAAAAGCAUUCAAGGAAUAGUGGAAUGGCAAAAAUGUUGGUGAUUAAUAAUCUGGUAAAAUAAUUUAUUGAGAAAUUAAAAAAGAAUGCAUACAUAUUCCCAAGAAUACAUGGUGAUUAAAUCAGAGACAAUAUGAGGGAAGCGUUGAAUAAAAAAAAAAAUUGGAAAAAGAUGAAAUAAAUAUAGAGUUCUGAAGAUGGCAGUAAAAUAUAGAUAUAAAGAAAACUUCCCGUAUUUAAUCCUGCAAGUAAAGUGAUGUUAAUAUGGGAAUUUUUUAGAGCUAUAUAAUUAACAAUAUUACUGUGGUGGUUGCCAUUUAAAAUUGCCUUUAAUCCAUCUUCAAGUAAAAAUAUUGAUGACUUUGAGAGUGCUUUAACAUACAUAUUUGCAGCAGAUUUAAUAAUUAAAUUUAAUAGAGGUAUAUUUGAUUAAGGGAAAUUGAUAAAAAAUAGAAUCAAUAUUCUGAAACAUUACGUUUCUAAUGAAAUGCAUGAAGACAUUAUAUAUUUUAUUACAUUGAUAUUUGUAAUAAUAAUUGUAUUAUUACAAUUUGGUUUGAACUUUAUUAAGUUGAAGAAGUACUUAACCAAAUAUGAAGAAUCUUUUGUUGAAUCUUCAAUUCUGACAGAAAUAGUAAAAUUAAUAUAAUUGAUAAUAAUCACAUUUUACUUUGCACAUUUUAUGGCAUGUAUUUGGUAUUAUGUGGGAGUCAAAAGUAUAGAAUUGAAAGAAAUAUCAUGGACACAAGAUCCAAAAUUUGAAGAUUCUACUAUUUUAUAGAUGUAUAUUUACUCAUUUUAUUGGGCAACAACCACUAUGGUUACUGUAGGAUAUGGAGAUAUAUCUGGUAAAAAUAUAUAUGAAGUAUUAUGUGCAAUUGUCCUUAUGAUAUUUUCAAGCGGAAUUUUUGCAUUUUCUAUGAAUCAAAUAGGAUCAAUAUUUACAAACAUGGAUGCCUAGAAAUAGUAAUAUAAGAGAACUUUAUUACUAAUUAAUUAAUACAUGAAUAAUAAUUAAGUUGCAGAAUAGCUUUAGGGUAGAAUUAGAAAUUAUUUGAAAUAUCAUUAUCAUAAAUAAGAAAAACUUUAUAAAAAUGAAAUAAGUGGUAUUAUUGAUAAAUUACCAACAACACUGAAAUCCGAAUUAAUUCAGGAUGUGUAAUUUAGAGUUAUGCAAUGCAUUCCUUUUUUUAAUAAAAACUUUUCAUAAGAAAUUCUUCCUUAAAUAGCCUGUGAAUUAAAUCUAUAAUCUUAUACACCAAGAGAAAUUAUUUAUCAAUAAAAUCAAAUAGAUGAAUGCAAUAUCUUCAUAGUAUGGAAAGGAGAAGUCAAUUUAAUCGAUGAUAACUCAGGUAAAGUACUCAAAAAAUUUACUACUGGAUAAUGCUUUGGAGAGUUAGAAUUCUUAACUAAUUAAAAGAGAUUAGGUACUGCUAUUAGCUGCGAUUUCAGUCAAAUAUAUUUUAUAUCUAGGAAUCAAUUUCUGAAAAUACUAAAUUCUUAUAAUCAUGAUUUUCAACAAUUUCAUUAGCUAAAAGAUGAGAUUUUAUUUAAUUACAAUUCUUCUUCUAUUGAGUGCUAUUGUUGCCAAGAAUCUCAUUCUAUUUGGAAAUGUCCAUUUAUCCAUUAUAAACCUGAUUUAGAAAGAGUUAUUAAGAAGAAUUUCUUUUAGGAUUCUCAACAAGAACGCUUCUAAUUCAAAAGAAAAGGAGUUCGUCAUAAUGUUUAUUACUAAGAAAGUAUACUUUAAAGCUCAAAGCAUUUAAAGACAUCAAAUGAUUUGGAUAAUAAUACUGCAGGAGAUAUUCAGUAAAUAGGUUCAAUUAAUGAAUCUGAAGAAUCAGCUGAAGAGAGUGCGAAAUAUGAAAAAAAGAGUGAUCAACUAUUAACUCUGUCUUAUGCUUUACCUAGCGAAAGUCGGAGAAAAAGUCAGAGAACUAAAUUUAUAUCAGCAUCUCCUUUACAAGCAGAAUCCCCACUUCUGAAACCAACUGAUAUGCUCCGAUAUGGUUAGAGACCAAGGAAAAGCCUUUUCUUUGCUGGGUAGAGUAUAGUUACCGCUUUAUAAACCAAACGCCAUGAAUCAGUACAAAAAGCUGCAUCCUUAGGCUAAUUACAGAAUCUAAUUUAGUAAUAAUCUAUUUAUGAGAAUGAAAAUAAUCUUGAACCAUUAAGUAUAAUUGAAGGAUUAGAUAAAAUGAUAAUAUAUUCUAAUUAUUUUCCAGAAAAUAAUUACGAUAAGAUUAUUGAAUCUAUAAUGAAAUACUUAAAAAAAUUUAGAUUAACUAGAGUAUAUAUGAUUCCGAAUAAGUAUUCUUUUGUAAGGUUGUAAAAAUAUGAUAAAAUCAAAUCUUAAGGAAAAAAGGCUAUAAUUUUAAAAUAGAAUGAUUUUAUUAAAUGA